CUUCAUCCCAUCUCAAAACCCCCCGCCUUCUGCGAUCACAGCGCAACUAUUUUCGCGCCUUAUUCCAUUUACACGCAACCGUAGCUUUAUAGCAUGAACACAACAUAAGAUAUGUAUUGAAUUAUUGCCUUUACGUAUCCUUUGCCACUAUUUCAUUCAUCUUCUGGUGUGAAGAUGGUGGCGCCACAACAAUGCCAAGGAGCCUCACAGUUCUCCUACGUUGUGCUUUUGUCCGGGACUCAUGUCACGGGCAAAGAGACCCUUGCCGUAUCUUUAGCAAAAUCUUUAAAUUGCCCAUGGUUAAAAGCAGAAUGGUGCCAUUCCUCUGCCAACUUCGGAGCUCGCUCUCAAGCAAGGAAAGGCUUCGAUUACAAAGAAGUGUUUGGGCGGAUCUGGUUCUCAAAGUUGCUGCGAAUUGGUUUCUUGUCGGAAGGGACCGAGCCAACCAAAGAGAUACAGGCAAAGGCCCCUAGGAAGCUGGGAAUGGAUUGUACGGCACUCAUUACUUGCUUUGCGAUGCGUAAGAUAUGUCGAGAUGCAAUUCGGGAUGUCAUGAUGGCCCACGGCGUCAAAAUCAUUUUUGUUAUUAUGCAAAUCACGAAAGAAACUUUAUCUGGGCGGACUCUAGGAGCGGAAGAGCCCGAAUUGGCGGAGAGAAUCAUGGAGGUAAAGAUAGCGGACAUUGAAGAGCCUCUGGAAGAAGAAAAAGACGUUGUACUGGUCGACUCCAUGCGGGAUGUUGAGGCUUUAUUUUUGGAGAUGAGUGAAAGAAUCGGCCAGCAGCUUGCGCUCUAUGGAAGGUCAUGAUCAAAGUGCCGUUAUUCUGAAAAGAGGAGCUCUGUAUGAGCUUUGACGCCGUGCCAUCGUACCUAUCAUACAGAGUUAACACGAGUGUAGCCACUACCAUAGAGACUAUCAGGUCACGGAGUCUGAAAGUAUAAAUCUAAGCGAGUAGCUCCA